AUGUCAGGAAUAAAUACUUCCGGAGCUAACCCUACCGAGUAUCCAAGUUUGGAAAGUGAUAAGAAAACGGAGGUUGUGGUUGUUGGUGGAGGUAUUGCAGGAUUGCAGAUAGCUUAUGAGUUGUCCAGGGAGGGAAAGAAGGUUGUAUUGUUGGAAGAUGGAAAAAUCGGAUCUGGUGAAACUGGUCGUACUACUGGACAUCUUUCCGUGGAUAACCAAUACAAUGACUUUCUCAGUCUACAUGGAAAAGAAGGAACGGCCAGUAUUGCUGCGGCUCAACAAGCUGCUAUAGAACGUAUCGCCACGAUCGUAAAAAACCAUAAGAUCAGAUGUGACUUUGUCCGUCUUCCUGGAUACAUGUUCCAAGGUCUUCCACCCACUUCAAAAGACUAUGCAACAAACACUCUCAAAGACGUAUACAACGCUGCUAAAGAUACUGGAAAAUUAGACGUAUGUCUAGUAGAUGAUGCUGGGAUCAAAGGUUUUGAAUCUGGACAAGCUAUAAAAUUCGAAAAUCAAGCGACUUUUCAUCCUACCAAAUACAUCCGUUCUCUAGCCAAGAUCGUCGCCGAUAUGGGAGGAGAAAUCCAUGAGAAAACAAGGUAUAUGAAUCAUGAAGAAACGGAAGUGGGAGUGAAGAUUACUUUGGAAAAUGAGAAAACCAUCGAAGCGGAGGUUUUGGUCAUGGCUACCAAUGUCCCUCUCCAGAAAUUGAUCAUGAUCGAACGACUUGAAGCUUUCAGGACUUACGCCAUUGCCAUGAAAAUCCGUACGGAGACUAUUUCUACCAAAGAUAAGGAAGCGCUCUGGUGGGAUAUGGGCGAUCCGUAUCAUUAUAUCCGUGUAACUCCACACAAGGAAGAAGGAUAUAGUUUGUUGGUUGUUGGGGGGGAAGAUGAGAAGGUUGGUCAGCAUGAUGAUUACGAUGAGAGGUAUCAACGUUUAGAGAGGUGGACAAGGGAGAGAUGGACUAGUGUGGAGGAUGUCGAAUAUAAAUGGAGUGGUCAGAUUGCCGAUUCCGCUGAUGGAAUCGCCUACAUCGGUCUCAACCCAGGCGAGAAAAACGUCUACAUUUGUGCACGUCUCCGGCCGUGUCCUCAACACAUUCAUACCGGCGACAACGGUGAUGGUCUCACAUACGCAGCCAUCGGCGGAUUGAUAAUUACCGAUCUCAUUCUCAAACGAGAAAAUCAAUGGGCACACACAUUCUUCCCUUCACGUCAACACAGUUCAAGUUUCCUCAGACAAGCCGUUCAAACACUUCCUCAUGUCAUCAAAGAAAAUCUUACCGAUCAAGUAUACUACGCUAAAUGGUUGACAACAUGUUCGAAAAGUAUCACGGAUAUUGAAGAUCUUGUCCCUGGUCAAGGGGAUGUAGUGAGGGAUGGUAUUAAUCCUGUAGCGGUGUAUAAGGACGAACAAGGUGAGGUACACAAGAUGACGGCGAUUUGUCCUCAUUUGAAGGGUAUAGUGGGAUGGAACAAGUCGGAGAAAUCGUUCGAUUGUCCGAUUCAUGGUUCGAGGUUUACUUGUAAAGGUGAGGUUAUCAAUGGGCCUGCGAAGGCGGGAUUGGAAGUGAAGCCAUGA